GAGGAGGCGGUGGAGGAGGUGACGGAGGAGCUAGGUUCGAGCUUGACUCUCGAGAGAGUCGCUGUUGCAAAGCAAUUCAUCGAAAGCCACUACAAAGCUCAUAUGAAACACAUCAAAGAACGCAAAGAAAGGCGCUCAGUGCUAGAAAAAAAGUUAGCUUCUUCCGAAGUGUCAGAGGAGGAACAAAUGAAUCUAUUGAAGGAUCUGGAGCGCAAAGAGACGGAGUAUAUGCGACUUAAACGACAUAAGAUCUGUGUUGAUGAUUUUGAGCUUCUAACCAUUAUUGGGAGAGGAGCCUUUGGAGAGGUUAGGCUGUGUCAAGAGAAGAAAUCUGGCAAUAUAUUUGCAAUGAAAAAACUUAAGAAGUCAGAAAUGCUUAGCAGGGGACAGGUUGAACAUGUUAGAGCUGAAAGGAAUUUGCUUGCAGAAGUUGCCAGCCACUUUAUAGUAAAACUUUUUUAUUCCUUUCAAGAUGCUGAAUACUUAUACCUGAUAAUGGAAUAUCUGCCUGGUGGUGACAUUAUGACAUUGUUGAUGAGAGAAGAGACUUUAACUGAAACUGUGGCUAGAUUUUACAUUGCUCAAAGUGUUCUGGCCAUAGAGUCUAUUCAUAAGCAUAACUACAUCCACAGAGAUAUUAAACCUGACAACCUUCUGUUGGACCAAAAUGGUCAUAUGAAGCUUUCUGAUUUUGGUCUUUGCAAGCCUCUUGACUGCUCAAAUCUAUCUCCUAUAAAUGAAUAUGAAGUUAUUAAUGAUGGAAAUUUAAGGGAAUCGAUGGACGUCAAUGGAUGCUUUCCAGAUAAUGGUAAUGGAAAUCGCUGGAAAAGCCCCCUUGAGCAGUUGCACCAUUGGCAAAUGAACAGGAGGACAUUGGCAUUUUCCACUGUGGGCACACCUGAUUAUAUUGCUCCUGAAGUUUUAUUGAAGAAGGGAUAUGGCAAAGAGUGUGAUUGGUGGUCACUUGGUGCUAUAAUGUAUGAGAUGCUUGUUGGUUAUCCCCCAUUCUACUCCGAUGAUCCUAUAACAACAUGUAGAAAGAUUGUACAUUGGAGAAAUCACUUAAAGUUUCCUGAGGAAGCAAGGUUGACUCCUGAAGCAAAGGAUCUGAUCUGUAGGUUGCUUUGUGAUGUUGAACAAAGGCUAGGUACUCGAGAGGCACACCAAAUAAAAGUUCAUCCCUGGUUCAAAGAUGUUGUAUGGGACAAUCUCUAUGAAAUUGAGGCAGCAUUUAAGCCAGAGGUCACUGGGGAACUUGAUACUCAGAAUUUCAUGAAAUUUGAUGAGGUGGAUCCUCCAGCUGGAGCAGCAAGAAUGGGUUCUGGACCCUUGAGAAAGAUGUUGCUGACUCCCAAAGAUUUAAGUUUUGUUGGCUACACAUACAAGAAUUUUGAGGCUGUCAAAGUGACCCGUCAUUCUGCUGGUAAAAAGAGGAACACGUCACCACCGCGUUCAUCUACUGAUUCGAUCCUCAGUGAUUCUGGAGUGGAAUACUCUUCCAAGUAUACAAUUGACGGAGCAGAAAUGCUGACACGUGCUUCAUCAAUGGAUACUAUUACACAGUGAUGAGCCUACACCUUGCUCG